AUGCCAAGGCCACGCUCGCAGCGGAAUCAACCAGCACUAGCUGCAGCGGGCGCGGCAGCCGACGGAGAGCGGCUUGCUAAUGCGCCCGCAACCUCAGCCCCAGACGAUCAGGCUCAACUGCGGCGUAUUCGUGAUCCUGCCCAGGAGCAGAUCAUUCGCAGCCUGCCUAACACUUUGUCCCGAGAGUUGAAGCUUGCCGCACUUGGGUGGCGGGGAGGAUGCUUUUGCUGCCCAGCUAAUAUCAGCUUUGCACAAUGCAUGUCGGGGCUUUGGCAAGCGGCGCGCAAGCCUGCGCAAUCUGCGGAAGCUCUGGUGCAUUGGGGCCUCAAUGCUUCGAAGUUUUUGUUCGAGGCUGGACCAAAGAGCUCCUUUGGGCGCAAGCUGCUGCUUCAGGCUGGUUUCGCAAGCCUGGUACCGCAGCUGUUGCCGCUAACCGAUGAAGUGCCGCAGAGCAUCGCGCUUACUCCUCAGGUCUUCUUCGUGCAGAUCUUUUCCACCGGCGGCCGCCAGCUGCCCCUCAGCACCACUCCCCAGCUGGUAGUGCUGGGCUUGCUGGCCCUUACAACCCUCUCAACAGCCAAUCUCAGAACCGCUCUCCUAAUGCCUGGCCCUGGCCCUGGCCCCAGCGCCCCCAACUCUUCAGGUUCAGCUGUUGCCGCCUCCCUAAGCAACAACCAGAAAAGUUCGGGCCGGCCGGCGGCGCCUUGGGCCGCAGGGGGGAGUCAGCUGCUGGCGGCGCUGCUGCGUGCCCUAGCAGCCAGCUCCGACGACCGGCUGCGUUCCCUGACCUUCCAGACCUUGACAGAGUGGCUUAACAUCUGCGAGGGCGGUCCGCGGGUAGAGGAAGGGGACGAUGAGGAGGAGGAGGAAGGGGAGGGGGAAGAAACUGAGGCGGCGGCGGCGGCUUCGCCGCCGCUUCAGGAAGCAUUAAUCGACGCGCUGCUGGACGCUGGGCUGGCGUCUGGCGUGGUCCACGUGCUGGAAAGCAGCUCCAAUGCGGCUGUACUGAGAGACGCGUGCGCGUUUCUGUUGGCGCUGCUGUCGGGUGGGUCGGGUGGUGGCGCGGCGUCAGCGCGGAGCCAGGCGGCGGGCGGGCACGGAAGCGGGACAGCAGGUGGUCAUCACGGGCCGAUGCGAGCGGCGGGUAUGACAGCAAUGGAGCUGCCGUCCGGGGUCCGUCUGGAGGGCAGGGCCAAGUGCAGAGCCAGGACGGAGCUGCUUAAGGCCGGUCUGGUCCCCGCACUGCUCAGCGCCCUGUCCCGACGGCCCUCCCAGCUGCGGUACUGGCUGGCCAUCAACAUGGGGGUGUCGGGGUCCAGACUUCUGGAGAUGCAGUGGCUGAUGCUAGUGGUGGCGAGGAUGAGCGUACUGCCGCCGCCGUCACAUCCACCACGGCAGCCGCAGGCAUCACCAGCCCUGGACGCGGCGUUGUCGCUGUCGGCGGCAGCCGACGGCGGCGGCGGCGGCGGGGGCACCACCGUGACUGCGGCCGAGCCGUCGGCGGAAGCGAACGGCGGCACUGGCAGUGCAAGGAGUAAUCAGCAGCGCCGUGGCGCAAGGACCAGCGGCUCGGGUCUUGCCGCGGCGGUGGCGCCUCCAUCCCCUCCGGAGGCGGAUUGCGAGGACGAGGAGGGGGAGCGGUUGCGGUUAGGUGCCUCGGAGCUGCUGCUCCAGAGUCCGAUACUCAGCCCCUGGUGGCUGGGAGGGAAAGGCAGUGGACCACCAUCACCAUCCCAGCCGGCAACAUUAACAGAGGCGCCAACAGAGGCAAUGGCUGCAACCUCAUGUGUAGAAGUGGACGCGGGUGCUGGUGUGCGGACGGGGACGGAGAUGGAGGGACGUCGAGGGCCGGCAGGAGCAGCAGCGGGGUCCAUGGAAGGUUUGGACGGAGGCGAGCAGGGGCUCUCCCGCGUCAUCGCGGCUGCCACCCUUCGCAACUGUGUACUGCCCGAUGGCGCGCCCCUGGAGCUCCUGGCCCCCCGGGAGCGCAACGCCACACCCGACUGGCGCGCCCUGCAAAGGGACCGCAUCCGGAAAGCGGCGGAGGCGACACGAGCGGCCCAGGCACUGGCCAGCGCCAACGCAGCCGUGGAUGUGCUGAGCAAGGCCGUGGCGGCGUUGUGA